AUGGCGGUCAAACCCAUGGACGCAGAUGCUCUUCGUCUUCAAUCACUUGGUUACAAACAAGAACUUGCACGGGGAUUGACUCGCUUGACUAAUUAUGGCAUGGCUCUCUCUGUUAUCAGUGUGCCAGCAGGUGUAUCAUAUCUCUUCGGCUACGGAAUGAUUACUGGUGGACCUAUUGUAAUGAUAUGGGGAUGGCUCGUUGUCGGUAUUUUCACACUUUGUGUCGGACUUAGCAUGGCAGAGAUUUGUUCAGCUUAUCCAACAUCAGGUGGUCUCUAUUUUUGGGCAGGUAUUCUCGUUCCAGAAAGGUACAAACCCAUAGCUAGCUGGUUUACCGGAUGGUUCAAUCUCGCAGGACAAUUUGCCGUCACUGCCGCUUUCGAUUUUGGUUUGGCCAUGCUUCUGGCCAGUGUCGUUUCAGUCGGUGUCUACUCUCAAUGGUCACCUAAACCAUUCCAUCUUGUCCUGAUCCAUCUUGGAUUAGUCAUCAGUCACGGACUAGCUAAUUCGGUUGGAGCACGAUUUUUCAUUCGGAUAGCACAAAUAUCAACUUGGUGGCAAUUAUUAGCACCGAUUAUUGUUGCUCUAGCUCUUCUAAUCGGCAAUAAAGAAGGUCAUCUAUCAGCCUCAUCCAUCUUUACUCUUUUCAAUAAUGAAACCGGAUGGUCGAGCAAAGGCUACGUGAUUUUGAUCGGUCUUCUACAAGCUCAGGUAUGUCUGUGUGGUUAUGAUGCAUCUGCACAUAUGACAGAAGAGACAAAGAAAGCUGAUGUCGCUGGUGCUUGGGGAAUGGUCGCUGCUAUCCUUGUUGCCACGACUGUCGGUUGGUUAGUUUUAAUUGCUUUCUUGUUGGGCAUACAUGAUUACCAAGCAACAGUGGCAACACCAACUGGAUUUCCCGUAACACAAAUUUUGCUCGAUAACUUCGGUCGAGAAUUGACGAUUUUUUUCAUGUCUCUUCUACUCGUAGCAUGUUGGUUCGGCGGUCUUGCAUCAGUAACAACCAAUUCACGAAUGAUUUAUGCCUUCAGUCGAGAUCAUGCUAUGCCUGGCUCACGAUGGUGGCAUACAAUUCAUCCUCGUUUGGCAUGUCCUCUCAAUGGGCUAUUUCAAAAUAUGUGCAAUUUACGUAAAUUAACAAUUGAAACAUUAGAUCUAUAUAUCGAUGGAUAUCAAUGGAAACAAAUUAUUGCCAAUUAUUUACCGAAACUUAAAAUAUUUCAACUCAAAAUGGAAUUCUAUUUUCAUGAUCGUAUUAACACGAAACAAUAUGUCGAUCAAUUGUUAAAUUCAUUUCAAACGUAUUUUUGGCUCGAGGAACGUCAAUGCUUACCUCGUAUAGAAGUUAGUGGAUGUCGAUCGACUUGUUCUGAUGACUACAAUACGAGUUGGUCAUAUGAUCAUGUACAUAUUCUUAAUUAUCGAUCUUCAUCAACAAGAGAUUUGACUCUGUAUCAAUCUCGUUUUGUCAAUAAUCAACAUCUUUCUCUUUCAUUCAACGUCGAUAAUCAAUUUUGGUUCAUUGUCCCACGAUUUGAUUGUUCAAUUUCACUCGAGAUAGCAUUGCAUGAUUAUAGUGACAAUAUUAAAUCUCAACUGCAAACUAUACUCGACAGAGCAUCACAUCUUAAUUUGUUGAAAUUUCUCUCGUGGGCAAGUCUUGACGCACUUCUAGUUAAACUUAAUAGUGCAUCUGUGCGUCAACUCGAUUUUCGAGGAUGUGAUCGAUAUUAUAAUGAUCUUGAAUGUUUGUCAUUGAUCAAUUUACCAGUAGGUAUUCAGUGUGAAGUACUUCGAAUUAAUGUCGAAAAUCGAAUGAGUAUACUAGAUUUCGGUACUAAAAUGACUAAUAUUCGAUCAUUAAAUGUUCGAUGUGAAGAUGAUAAAUGGAAUGAAACAUUGUCGACAUCAAAGGAUGAAUUCAUCGACUGGUUACAAUAUCGUUUACCAUCCACAUGCAUAAUUACGCGACACACACGUUACACCUUUGAUAUUCUGUUGUGGAUUUGUUAA